AUGAGAGUGGUGCUGACCAAACCGAACUCCACCUCAGCUCCAACAAGAAAGAAAAGGGGAAGAAGGAAAGAAGAAGAGAGAGAGAGAGAGCGUGGGCUACCGAGUUGGGGAAGACGGAAGGAAGAAGAAAGAGACCCAGCCUCUCAUUGUCGAGUUUGGACUCCGAGCUCGACAUGCCAAGUUCCCAUACCAAUAUUUGAUGAGUCCACGUUAACCCGAGAAUUCAUCUUUGAAGGUAUAAAGUCGUAA